GGCGCUCCGCUUGAAGACACGAAGUGUCGUCUGCCCGCUACUAAAUUGAUUUCACAGGUUUUUAGCAUGAUGGAGCACCGUCAUAGUGUGUGGGAGACAGUAGCUGAACAUGCGCUGAAUCAUUUGGCUGUCGGUAACAAGCAGGAGUCUUCAAAUGAAACCAGCAAGCUACACCCAACACAAAUCAAAGGCCUGCUCGAAGGUUCUUGGUUGAAUGAGCCCUCUGUAUCCAGCCAGAAGUGCAUCACAGUAAAAGAGCUUGAAGGUUAUACACAAGUUGGCCACAGUCACACGAAGAAUGCCAGAUGUCUUCAGCAGCAUUCUACUCCUCGGAAUCUUGUUGGGAAAACAGGCUUGAAACCAACGACAAAUGCCAAAUCCUUUCUUGUGGCCUGGUUGACUACAUCACCCAUCCUCCCAUGUAAGGAUGAAGAAGGCAAGAGACAUGUUCCAACGACCGGAGAGGAUAAACUGUACCUCGAGGAUGACACCGGAACUGUGCAGUGCCAGGUUGCAGUUUGUCAUUGGGAUUGGCUCAACCAGGCUUUGUUGAUUCCUUGUUGGAAUGUUAUACCAGGCGCGGAUGCAAGGGUGCAGAGAUCGGUUGAAAUCUGCCCACGCUGUACCCCCGUGGUCAUCUCCAGUGUCAGCCCAGAACCUCACACAGUGCCUCAGCAACAGCAGACAAAAUCGGUAGCUGCAGCAGCACAGCUGCUUCACAGUCAUGACAGUUCUAAGGGAAGAGUUAACCAAAUCACCAUAACAGGCACAGUGGUUUGUAAGAGUCCAAUCAUAAGCAUCCACAACAAACCGCUGUUCUUCUUCAAGCUGGCUUGUGAUGUUUCUGGAUCAAGUAGUGUGUCGUUACUAGCCAAGGGUAGCAACCUCGCUUUCUUGUACUCCGCUCUGCCGAUGUACUCCACAUGUUCCGUGUCUCAUCUUACCCCUACUACAAUCCUAAAGGGCACAAGGAAACCAUAUCAUGUCUUCUUGUGCAGAAAGGAAACUGCAGUAUUUGACGUGCAAAGGAAUUGUGGUGAUUGUCAACAUAAGAACAGCAUUACUGGAACUGUUACUAAGUGUAUUGAUGCAACCUCAGGAAUCUAUGAAUUGGAUGGGAAAAUGCGGUUGUACCUGUGUUAUCAGAUGGACGACACUGCAUCCUAUCAAGUACUGAGGGUGGGCUGUGUUGUCACAAUCCACAACGCUCACCAUCAACUACGAAUGGGAAAGCCCACAAUGCCCUGCGUGGUCUGCUGUAUGCAAAGUACACUCACUGUACAGACAUUCUCGCCUCUAGAUACUGGCCCAAAGAAGAGUCUAACUCCAUCCUUGUCUGGGAUGGUCAGACUUCUCUUGAAGUACAACUUGACUAUCAGCCAGUUAGACUGGCUGUCGUCUGUCUUCACCCAGCUGGAAAGGAAAUUCACGCCAACCUUCAUCAGGCAGAAGUCUCUCCACGCCAUCCUGUUAAGGCUCUUCACCACGCCGUCUGUAAUCUCCAAGAAGCCCCUGCUCUCUGGAAGAAAAAGGAACAUCUAUGAAGAGUUCCUGAGGCCAUCUCAUUCCUGCCUGGCAUCGAAGGGGUCCGGUGAUGAACAGCCUCCACCUUGGCAGUUUCCAGUGAUGGCAGAACUGUUUUCAUCCGUCAAAAAGUGUCUGGAGCAGCCAAGCAAACCAAGAUGCAUGGUAGAGACUAGUAGCAGUAGCAUCUUGGGUCCUAGUGAGUGGCACAGCGGUGUUGUAGAGUCAACCAAUCUCAGUCCACCUAUGAUACUUGUUGGCUAUCUACGCCUCAGUCCAGCCACAGGACAGGUACAGCUCAGAGAUCAGACAGGCACAGUGGAUUGUGUCAUCGCAAACAUCUGCAAGUCACUCAGGCCCACGGACACCCUCACACACCCCACGCCAUCCCUGGAUGCGAGACAUCCAAAUGAAUGCCGCCCACCAAAAGACUGUCCAUCAGAGGUAGCUCCGCCCACGGAGAGGAAGUGUUCCCUUUCCACUUGUCCUCACAUUCACACCUGGUGUCUAGGACAUCUCAUCCGUGUUGAAGGUUUCCUGAUUGUCCAGGAAGCCUUGCCGCUGAGUUGCGGUGGAAGACCUCUUAAACCUAGUCAAACUAGUCAUACAAAUAACAAGAGAGAGUUCGACUCUUUGAGGGGACACCAUGAGUUUGUGUCAUUCAGCAUGCAGACUGUAGAGUGCUUAAAUUGUUCAAACAGUGUCAGAAGUAGCAGCAAUCUUGCCAAGGAACUCCAGGACAAAAUUCAAAAUGAAGAUGAAGUGAGGACUUGCACUGCCUCAACAAUUUCAAGCUGUGAUCAUCAUUGUAGAAUUCAGAGCUCUUCAACAAACAGCUCACCAAGCAAUACCUCAACUGUGAAGGCUAAUAUCAAACCAGCCUUACAAACAGAUUGUCUUUGUUACUAUUCCAAAGACAAUCUCUUCUUACUUCUCACAAAAAGUCAACUCCUGAACAGUGCGAGAGGUUCCCUCCUUUUCAUCUUCCAAGUAGCCUUCCUGCACCGAUUCUCCUCAGAGGAGAGUGGAGCACUUGCUAGGGAAGUGGGCCAUGAGUAUCCAUUAACGAGGCCUGUACUUGUGAGUUUUGAGGGAGACUCAGUGAGGUGGUACCACACACUACACCCUGGCUUUGUUUUCAGGAUGAAAGGAGAAGUCCGUGCAGUCAGUAAGCAAGAGUUCCUUAGCAUGACAUCCUUGUCCUCUGACCAGCUGAAGUCUGAGGACCAUGACACCUUCCUGACUGCAUCACACGGUGCUACACUGGACCAAAUCAAGGAGAGUUCGUUACCAGAACACAAUCUGCAGCAACUGCAAACAGCGCAGUGUCGGUACAGGGACUUGCUACACGUCAGCAGUGUGCAAGAUGUAACAGCUGAUGGGUGAGUGCAAA